AUGUUAUCCCAUCUUCUCGACCACGGAAAUCAUCCACGUAUUCGGAUACAAGGAUUUCAACUUUUAUUAUUAUGGUUGAACGAUCAGACAAUCGAAUUACCCGAGUGCAUAGAUUUGUAUUCAAAUGCAAUCUCGUUAGAUUUAUUUCUAUAUGAUCAAAUAAGAAGUGGAGGUGGUGACCUUAAUGCCAGAGAGGGGACGUCGAAGAAAAAUGACGACUCCCUCGGGUUGGGUCAAGUCCUAAUAAAAUCUGAUGAACGAGGUCCUUUGUUUCCUAAUCCACAUCCGCCCACUUUCAAUGAUGCCGUUAAAUUAAUACAAUUGGAUUUGAGCGGGUUGGUCAGACUCGCCCAUGUAGCAGCCGGCUCCAUACCUCCACCGGAGAAUUAUGAUUUUCCGCAGAUUGAAAACAUUGAGCACGAUAAUGGAAUAGCCAUAGGGAUGGGAAUUGACGCUGCUUUCGCUGCUGCAAAAUUUCAUUUCGAUAUUACGAAAAAGCAAUACCUAAUAAAACUUUUCCCUCAAUGUGCAAAAAGCCUUGGUCUAAUAUCUGGUGAUGAUGCGACUCCGAUAUUAAAGUCUAUAGUAUUAGGUCCGGAGAAUCGAGAGUUCGCACACGAGAUAGUUAGACAGGCUCUUAUGUUACCGGCCGGGAGUCCACAGUACAAAGACAUAGUUCGGGGGGCUGUGCAUAUUGUUGGCGUAUGGAUUCUAAGCGGAGAAGAAGAAAGGCCAGCUUUCCUUCGCAGAUCCCCUUCACAGACCCCACUGUCCUCAUCGACAAUCGGAUCAUUUCCUAAUCAAUUACCAUCACCAGAUAGUGAUUCGUCGAUCACUCCUUCAAAUACACCGUCAAAGGCUACCUUUUCUUCUGCCAAUAUAUAUCUUCGAAGGUAUAUUCAAUUGUUGGGUCUUGUCUUUGAAGAUCACUCGGCGAUAACAUUCGAUGGGAUGACCAACAUCGAGGUGGAAUCGCAAGUAGCAAUAUAUCGAGAUGUCCUGUCACUAUAUCGUUCUAUGAUAUCUGAGGGACCAAUCGAGCUGGAGGAUGAAACAUGGGAGACCCUGUUACUAUCUCUCUUGGAUAUUCAGCAAAAAAUAAUGAAUCAAAGGGACAAAUAUACACCAAUUUCAUCUGUCUCGUUAUCAGAAGGUUUAGCGGACUAUCUUGUAGAGACAAUAUUGAAUGCGUUUGCGAGGUCGAAAGUUCAGCGACCCGAGUUAUGGCGCGGACUGAGAAAUCAAAUGAGUUCCAGCGUGAGGUGGUCUCAAACGAUAGCACAGUGGGCGAAAAUUAUGUUGAGGCUUACUAAAAUCCUGUCGAAACACGUUCAUCACGUCGAUCUUGAUGCCGUCGAAUUAAACCGUCGCCUAUCGGAGUUGUCUACAUCAGAGCGUCAUUCACAUCGACGGCAACCUUCCAAAAGUCGAACCCGUCAUUUGUCUCUGCGUGGAUCUCGUCACAAACAUUCUGGUAGCAAUUCUUCUCGCGAAGAUGUCAUGGCUGCUAUCGGAUCAGAUUUUUCCGUUUUCGGAAAAUCGGGAAAUGACAUUAACAUCAAAUCUAGUCGACGUACACUUAGCAUACAUCAGGAUAUGAAUUUCGUGGAUCAAAAAUCCCCUGGAGGACAAGCUCUACUGAACGUUACGGUCAAUGGACCUGCCUCGUCAACGCAUUCGGGUAGCAUUGCAUCAGAUGAGGAAGACGAUGAGAAUGAUGAUUUCUUUGAUGCUAGUAGCGAACUUACUCUUGAUGAUCUGGCUGAUGUUAAAUCCAAUCGAACUUCGUCUUCAUCAGCAUUUUUCGUUCAGCCCAAUUUUAGUAGCGAAAGGCUGUCCGUAUCAUUAGCGAAUUUUCGAUGCCAAGAUUUUUUAAAUUUGGAAGCAUUAUCGUGGAAUAGUGAAACGGCUCUUUUGGUUUGGAAAAACAUGCUAUGCGCUUUGGGCAAUAUAAACCAUAUACAGAUAUCGCAAAAUCAUGCCGAUGCAAUGAAAUGCCUGGUGGAAAUAAUGGACAUGUUGACAUUGGUUCGCAAUAAUCAAAUUGGAUUUGCGACUUUGCCCCUACACUACGAAUUUGCACCAUGGGCAUUUGCACCCGGACGCGCGUUAGCUUAUGCUGGCCUUUGCAAAAUGAUGUCUCGUCGACCAGAUAAGGAUUUUGAUGAAGCCUAUUACUCUCACUUUUAUCGUGCUCUGCUUAAAGGAUUAUCCGAUCCUGACGGAUCGAUAACGCUGGCGAUUAUAAAUAAUUCCACGAAGCUAUUCUCACAAUGCCUGCCGGGAAGCAAUAUUUUGUACAAGAGUUUCAUCGAGACCAUUAGAAAUCUGUUGUUAAAGGACGACGUGAACAUACCAGAACUUACGAGGCAAAAUGCGAUUACAAUACUGUGCUCUCUGAUAUGCAUAGUGAAUCAGGCUCCGUCAGCCAAAUUCCCAACCAUACCGUAUAAGAAGUUGGCGCAACUUAACGAUGCAAAUUUCCGGGAAUCAAUGCCCAACAAUUUAGAUUUCAUGAGAUUUUCCGAGGUGCGAUCGAUCUUGAAAGAGACCUUAGUGAAGUCUCUUGCUACCGAGGAUUCAAUCCGUAAUUAUGAAACGCAUGACAUGCUGCUGUACGGAAUUUGUACUCUUGCAUUUGACGAACUGACAUCAUGGCCUAACGAAGACGUAAUAAGGGGAUGCUUUCAAGCAUUGUUGGACCAAUUAUAUUGGAGUCAUUUACCAGUGGUCACCACUGCCGCUGAUUGCCUAAUCGGUUUUGCGCAAAACUCAUCUCUAUGGCGGAACGAGGAAAGGGUAUAUUUAAUGAUCCUUCAAGAUGUUUUUGGGUACCUUAUUGGCGCUUUAAAUGAACACCUCAUAAUACAAAAGUCGUCACCCAGGAAUGGACGAGGGUUCAUAAUAGCGAAAUUAUUUUAUUGCCUACUUGAGUGGCUGAUAGUUAUUCCACCUAAUCUUUUCGCCGAUACGGAACUAUGUCAUCUUGUGUUUGACGUUAUUGACUUGGUAUUCGAGCCUGAUUCACCAAAAAGAAAUCGAAAAAGGGCACACCCACCUGCACGUAAACGCCGUGGGAAAGCUCCUGCUGUGCGCUUCAAAAAGGCGGAACGAAAGAUUGCUGUAAGUUCAAGGCCUGGCGGAGAGCAAAAUUUUCAUGUUGUUGGUGUAGAGAAUAAUGUGGAAGAUGUGAAUUUUGUCAAGGAUGUUGCGGGAUGCGUGUUGUUACAUUUAACGCAUCAUUUUGACAAUUUUUCACCCCCGCACGGCCCGGCUAUGAUGAAUAGUACAUUGGUUGGUCCGCUGGGAAGUGAUCCUAAGGAAGAUGAAGCAUCAGAACAGUAUCACUAUUUUUCAUAUAACGAUACCACAAUAAUAACAUUAGUGGAAAUUCCGGGUAAAGAUAAUUCAAUACGCGAUCACACCGGUCGUUAUGCGUGGGAUUCUGGUCUAUUUUACAAAGCUUCGCUUGAUUCCGAAAAGGGAAAGGAUAGAGGGCGGAUAAAGGUGGCUGACAAAAUUAUUUUGAGGAGCGGCAUCAAAAUAGACCAUGAUUAUUUGGAGUUAAGAUCUGAUUUGAGCGCUUCACCAAAGACCAACCCAAAAACGAUGGGGUCCUCUCCAGAGAAAGAACAGCAACCACCAAUAUUGACACAAAGUGCAGAUCCAGAACGCGUUAAUAUGUUGAGUAAUUUGAUUCAAUAUCUCGAUUGUCAAACGCCAGGUCUUGAAAAGGUUCAACCGAUACCGCUAUAUUCGCCAAGGACUGCUACUAAUGUGAAGUCUAAAAUUGUUCAUAUUGAGGAACAACUAGACAGACAUAUAAAAGAAGAAACGUCUUACGGAAAUGUCACUGGUGCUCAGUCUUUAAACAUAUGCGUUUAUCACAUAAUCAACACUAGGCAAUUAUGGUAUGAUGAUGCAAUUUCGCUAAGAAACAAUAUCUUUCAAGAGAACGAUUACAAAGUGGUUAAGCGGCGUUCUCGAAAUCCUCUUUACUGCCGAACCACGUCACAUUUAUCGCUGGGUGCAGAUUUCUCGCUAUCAAAAUCAUUUCUACCGGUUCUACCACCAGAAGCUGAGAUGCCCACGGAGCCAUAUCAGCAGUGCCGAUUGUUUUUAAGUCAUUUUGGAUGGCUUAACCAUGAUACUUUGAAAGAUAGUUCGAUCUGUUUACUCAAUAAGACGCCGGGAUUAUUUCGUGAUAUAAGAUUGCUGGAUAAAAAGCAUGCAAGAGAAGCGAUUAAAGUUGCGCUUUUGUAUGUUGGGCCGGGACAAGACGACGAGCAAAGCAUUUUAUAUAACACGAACGGUAGUCAGGCUUAUGAUGAAUUUGUGGAAAGUCUUGGAUGGGAGAUUGAUCUGGCCUCUCAUCCAGGAUACCUUGGUGGCUUAGAGAGAAACUCGACGAACGGGUUGACAUCCGUAUAUUAUUGUACAUCAACACUUGAGAUUAUAUUUCAUGAUGUCACCAAGAUGCCAACUGAACCCACGGACCCUAAGCAACUAAGAAAAAAACGUCAUAUAGGAAACGAUCACGUCCACGUGAUAUUUAACGAAAAUCACAGAGAUUAUCGAAAGACCACAAUAGGCGGCGACUUCGGCAAUGCUCAAAUAGUGGUGACUCCAUUACACAAUGGACUUUUCAGUGUUGAUAUCUAUCGAGACUCGAAAAUAUCGCCGUUUGGACCAUUGCUACACGCUGCGGUGGUCAGCGAGAACAUAUUAGGAUCUCUGCGGGCGUCGGACAUUAGCACGAUAACGA